GCUUCCUUUACUUGAUAGCUCCAUCUUCAUCCGUCUCUCUGUUUCUAUCUCUCAAUUAUUAUUAGUUUCUUUCUCAAUCUUCUUAAUCUUCACCAGAUUGAUCCUCUUAAAACCUCUCAUUUCGAUCCAAAUUUGUCCUGCGGAUAUUCACAAAUCAGCUUUACUUUUCUAUUUUGGAAUCAGUUUCAGAGACCAAAUUGACAGAGAAAUGCUCCAUUGAAUUCUUCGCCAGAAGCUGGUCAGGUAUGACGUAUCAAACUAUCAGGAGCUUCAUUUGCGAGAAAUGAGAAAUUAGUUUGAAACCAGUUUGCCAAUUUGUUCGAUCUCUCGUAAAUUCAUGCUGAUCAGCAUACUCAACUAGCUGAAUUUCCAAAAUCCUACUAUCCAUAUCUGAAGUUUCUUCAAUGGCUGAUCAUCGAAAAGGUAACGUCAAACCUGCAAAUGGGAAGGCAUCAGGAACCACCACAGGGAACACCAAUUCAUAUGCCAUUGAUCUCAAUAACUUCAGCAAGCGGUUAAAGCUGUUAUAUUCACAUUGGCGUGAACAUAAAAGUGAUUUAUGGGGUGAAUCUGAUGCACUUGCCAUAGCGACUCCUCCAACUUCUGAGGAUCUGCGGUACCUGAAAUCCUCAGCACUGAAUAUCUGGUUGCUCGGUUAUGAGUUCCCAGAGACUAUUAUGGUUUUCACAAAGAAGCAGAUCCAUCUUUUGUGUAGCCAAAAAAAGGCCUCUCUUCUUGAUGUUGUGAUAAAGCCUGCAAAAGAGGCUGUUGGUGUUGAAGUUGUUAUGCAUGUGAAACUCAAAAGCCAGGAUGGAACUGGACUAAUGGAUAGCAUAUUUCGAGCUGUAAAUGCCCAAUCGAGCUCUGAUGCUCCUGUUGUUGGACACAUAGCUAGAGAGGCCCCUGAAGGGAAGCUUUUGGAGACUUGGACUGAGAAGUUGAAGAAUGCUAAUUUUGAGUUAAGUGAUGUGACUAAUGGGUUCUCAGACUUGUUUGCUGUCAAAGACCAGAUUGAGCUCACAAAUGUGAAGAAAGCUGCAUUUUUGACUUCAUCAGUGAUGAGGAGUUUUGUGGUACCCAAGCUCGAGAAGGUCAUUGAUGAGGAAAAGAAAGUUUCCCAUUCUUCAUUGAUGGAUGACACGGAAAAGGCCAUAUUGGAACCUGCAAGAAUUAAGGUGAAGUUGAAGGCAGAGAAUGUAGAUAUUUGUUAUCCUCCAAUUUUUCAAAGUGGAGGAGAAUUUGAUCUGAAGCCCAGUGCUUCAAGCAACGAUGAGAACCUUUGUUAUGACUCUACUAGUGUGAUUAUAUGUGCUGUUGGAUCACGGUACAACAGCUACUGCUCAAAUGUUGCUCGAACCUUUCUGAUUGAUGCAAAUUCUACGCAGAGCAAGGCUUAUGAGGUUCUUCUCAAAGCUCAAGAAGCUGCAAUUAGUAAUUUAAAAUCUGGGAAUAAGUUAAGUGCUGCAUACCAAGCUGCACUCUCAGUAGUUGGAAAGGAUGCUCCAGAGCUUGCUGCAAACUUGACUAAAACUGCCGGAACUGGAAUUGGCCUUGAGUUUCGUGAGUCAGGGCUUAAUCUUAAUGCCAAGAAUGAUCGAAUUUUGAGGCCGGGCAUGGUUUUCAAUGUUUCUCUUGGUUUUCAAAACUUGCAGGCACAGACAAAAGACCCGAAGACCUCACUCUUAUUAGCAGAUACAGUUAUUGUUGGUAAAGAGACCCCAGAAGUAUUGACUCAUUCAAGCUCUAAAGCUGUAAAGGAUGUGGCAUACUCAUUCAAUGACGAUGAUGAUGAAGUAGAAGAGCGGGCGAAACCUAAAGCCGAAAGUAAAGGUGCUGGGAGGAGUGCCAUGAGUAAGGCCACACUUAGGUCAGACAACCAUGAAAUGUCAAAAGAAGAGCUACGUAGGCAGCACCAAGCUGAACUUGCCCGCCAAAAGAAUGAAGAAACUGCUAGGAGGCUUGCGGGUGGGGGUUCUGCAUCAAUGGAUAGUCGUGGUGCUGGGAAGACAAUUGGUGAUCUGAUCGCGUAUAAGAAUGUCAAUGAUUUUCCUCCUCCAAGAGAGUUGAUGAUUCAAGUUGACCAGAAGAAUGAAGCCAUCCUCUUGCCCAUUUAUGGAAACAUGGUCCCUUUUCACGUAGCAACUGUGAAGAGUGUUUCCAGCCAGCAGGACAGUAACCGGAAUUGCUACAUCCGUAUAAUCUUUAAUGUACCUGGCACCCCAUUUAGUCCACAUGAUGCAAACUCCCUGAAGUUUCAAGGGUCAAUUUAUUUAAAGGAAGUUUCAUUCCGUUCGAAGGAUCCUAGGCAUAUAAGCGAAGUAGUACAGCUAAUUAAAACCCUUCGCCGGCAGGUUGCCUCAAGGGAAUCUGAAAGAGCUGAAAGGGCAACUUUAGUUACGCAAGAGAAGCUGCAAAUUGCAGGAGCCAAAUUCAAGCCAAAAAGAUUGCCUGAUCUAUGGAUUCGUCCUGUUUUUGGUGGUCGUGGAAGAAAGCUCACUGGAUCUCUGGAAGCCCAUGCAAAUGGGUUCCGGUAUUCUACUUCAAGGCCUGAUGAACGUGUGGAUGUUAUGUUUAGCAACAUCAAACAUGCAUUUUUCCAGCCAGCUGAGAAGGAAAUGAUUACCCUGCUGCACUUUCAUCUUCACAAUCAUAUUAUGGUAGGAAACAAAAAGACUAAGGACGUGCAAUUUUAUGCGGAGGUGAUGGAUGUAGUUCAGACACUGGGAGGUGGAAAGAGGUCUGCAUAUGAUCCUGAUGAGAUUGAGGAAGAGCAGCGUGAGAGAGAACGAAAGAACAAAAUUAAUAUGGAGUUCCAGAACUUUGUGAACCGAGUAAAUGAUUCAUGGGGGCAGCCCCCAUUCAAAUCGCUUGACCUUGAGUUUGAUCAGCCCCUUAGAGAGCUUGGCUUCCAUGGAGUACCUCAUAAAGCCUCAGCUUUCAUUGUCCCAACUUCGAGCUGUCUGGUUGAGCUGAUAGAGACACCAUUUGUGGUAAUUACUCUAAGUGAGAUUGAAAUAGUAAACCUUGAGAGAGUUGGUCUUGGGCAAAAGAACUUUGAUUUGACUAUUGUUUUCAAGGACUUCAAGCGAGAUGUAUUUAGAAUUGAUUCCAUUCCUUCAACAUCACUAGAUGGCAUUAAGGAGUGGUUAGACACAACUGAUCUCAAGUAUUAUGAGAGUAGGUUGAAUCUUAACUGGCGUCCUAUACUGAAAACCAUCACUGACGACCCUGAGAAGUUCAUAGAGGAUGGUGGAUGGGAAUUCUUAAAUAUGGAAGUUAGUGAUUCAGAUUCCGACAAUUCUCAAGAGUCUGACCAUGGAUAUGUGCCUUCAGAUAUACAGUCAGAUUCAGGUUCGGAGGAUGAGGAUGAUGACAGCGAGUCAUUGGUGGAGUCCGAGGAUGAUGGGGAAGAAGACUCGGUAGAAGACUCGGAAGAGGAAGAAGGAAAGACAUGGGAAGAGUUGGAGAGGGAAGCAAGUUAUGCAGACAGGGAAAAGGGGAAUGACUCGGACAGCGAAGAGGAGAGGGCAAGAAGGAAGGUUAAGGCUUUUGGAAAGGCUCGGGCACCUCCUGACAAGAGAAAUCUUGGUGGCAGCCUUCCCAAGAGGCCCAAAUUUAGGUGAAGAUACGCCAAAUGAGUAAACUUGGGUUUCUCUCAGUGGAUCAUUUAUUUACAAGCAAAAAAGUUCCUGUCUUCAACAUCAUCUAUUUAGUCCAGAAAAAGAACACACAUGAUCUAUCUCAACUUGCACCGCUUUCGUUUGCUACUACUAGGAGGGGCUGGAGACUACCCAAAAGCCUUCAUCUUCCUUCUCUCCCUCUCCGCCUCGCUGUCUGGCUUGUUCCCUUUCUCCCUGUCUGCAUUGCUUGUUUCCUUCACCAACUCUUCCCGUGGCCUCCUCUGAAUCCAUGCUUCCAAAUUCAAGAGUUGACAUCAUGAUCAACAUUAAAGAUGAUUCUGAUAAAAAAUUUC